AAAAUGCUUGACAUGACUUCCCCUUCAAGCAGUAUCCUUCUAUUUAUGUUGAUGUUCUAUCUAACUUGACGAUUCCUUUUAUUCAAAUGUAGCUUCAAACGGGAUAGCCAGCGUCGGCGGCAGCAGAAAACAAUGACCACUCAAGUGGGUCAAGAUGAAGAUUGAUUGACCGCUUGCUAGGUUAGCGUAGCAGCUAACUGCCUGGCCUUUAGCUGAUUAAUUAGUAACCUUUAAGGUUUACAUAACAAGAGGUAAUCUCUGUGACAGAUUGACAAACAUUUGAGAGAGAAAGACUUACACACACACACACACACACUUAUGCUCUCUUCACAAACAUGGAGAAGGCCAUCAGUGACAAAAUGUUCCGCUGCAGCUGGAUGCGCCGCAAGCUUCCCCAUGCCGUCAGGGAGGAGGUGUACCACCUCUUGAUGAUGAUGGGGCCCCUGUUGCUGUCUCGGGUGCUCAAUUAUCUGCUUCCCUUCGUGGUCACCAUGUUCUGCGGACGUUUGGGCAACGAGGUGAUGGCUGGAUAUGGAUUAGCGUCUGCUACCAUCAACAUCACCACAGCGGCAACGGGGUACGGUCUUGCUCUCGCUUGCGAUACGCUGGUCUCUCAGACUUUUGGUGGUAAGAAUCUGCUCCGCGUAGGCGUGAUCUUGCAGAGAGGCAUCCUCAUCCUACUGUUGUUCUGUCUGCCCUGUUGGGCUUUGCUCCUCAACGCCCAGAGUCUCCUACUACUCGUGGGCCAAGGCCCUGAGGUCACCCGAAUAGCGAAUCUGUACAUCAUAGCCUACUUGCCGGCCGUGCCAGCAAUGUUUCUACACAAUCUUCAAGCAUCUUACUUGCAGAACCAGGGUAUAAUACUUCCACAGAUGUACACUGCAGCCAUGGCAAAUGUUGCCAACCUGAUGAUGAACUAUGUGUUCUUACACUGGCUCGAUCUAGGAGUGACUGGAUCCGCAGCUGCCAACACACUCUCUCAACUGAGCAUCUGCGCUCUGUUGUUUGUUUACAUUCGCUGGAAGAAGCUGCACGUCUCAACAUGGGGAGGUUGGUCAAUGGAAUCCCUGCAGGAGUGGGGCUCCUACAUGAGGCUGGCCGUUCCAAGCAUGCUCAUGAAAUGUUUCGAGUGGUGGCUCUUUGAGUUGGGGGGAUUCUUUGCGGGGAUGUUGGGUGAAGAUGAGCUGGCCACCCAGCAUGCAGUGAUGAUGGUUUCUGCACUCGCCUACAUGUUGCCUUUUGGGAUACAGGCAGCGGCCUGCGCUCGAGUGGGUAAUGCCCUCGGUGCCGGAGACACGGGCAGGGCCAUCCUCACCUGCAAGGUGGCCCUGAGCCUCGCCGGUGCAUUUACAGUUGUUGAAGGUACCGUGCUUGGCUUGACUAAAUCAGUGAUUGGCUUCAUCUUCACCUCCGAUCAGAAGAUCGUCAAUCUGGUGUCGGUUGUGAUGAACGCUUACGUCUUCGUUCAGUUCUUUGAUGGCCUCGUGUGUGUGUGCACGGGCAUCUUUCUGGGGACAGGAAAGCAGAAGAUUCCGGCAGCGGCUAACUUCAUCGGCUACUACGGGGUCGGACUAACGCUCAGUGUGACGCUCAUGUUUGUGGUCAAGCUCAGGAUUUUAGGUUUCUGGCUGGGGAUUAUGAUUUGCCUAAUCUUGCAGUCCAUCAUUUACAUUAUUGUCAUCUUCAAACUGGAUUGGAAGACAAUGACAGAGGAGGCUAUGAAGCGCGGCCAGAAGAGCACCCACUUGGCCUUAAUGAGCCCAGCUGUGCAGGAAGAGUACCGGGCUGACAUAAGCGAGGGCAACACUGCCACACAGCAACAGGCGAACGCUGACCGGCUCUCUCUGGGCCAGCUGCUGCUGAGGCGAGGCCUCGCUCUGUUGGCCGCCCUCUCCAUUCUGGUGACAGGCACCUGCGUGUACUUCCUUGUACCCUUGCCGGUGUCCCCGUUUCCCAAAAGUAAUCUGACUAAAACGGACUCGGGAAAUAGCACGUGCUGUUGAUCACAUGGUCAUGUGAUUCAAAGUUUACAUUAACUGCUGCCAGUGCCCCACCAGAUCCUCAACAUGGCAUGGUAGUUAAAAAUGGCUUCACUUCUUUUUUUUUUUUUUUUUAGGGCAGUA